AUGUGGAAAAAGGUGUCCGCGGCGCUCGACGGCAAGGCGAAAGCCCGUCCGCGGACCCCCACUGUUCGGCUCACCUGCACAAACAUCCCGCCCAGCUGCUCUAAAGAGGACAUCGCCACGGACCUUAGCACCGCCUUGGGAGUAACCAUCUACGCGGAUCAGGUCACGACCGUAAAGUCGAACUACGGUACGUUGGUCGCGUUCUUCGGAUGCCCAGAGGUGGCCGCGACGGAGGAGGUGCUGCAGACGCAGCACGUCAUCGGGCUAAGUCGGUGCUGCAGACUCCGGAAGGUGGAGACGAAGCGCCAGUGCUACCGUUGUUAUGAAUUUGGCCACAUCGCCACCAACUGCCGCGGCAAGGAUAGGUCCAGCAGAUGCCAUCGAUGUGCUGAGCCUAAGCACUCUGGACCGCACUAAGGAGCGGAAAUGUCUCGUCUGCAAGGGCCCGGACGCAAUCGGACACUCGUUCGGCCAGCGCAACUGCCGCCAAGUAGGAGGAGGGAGAACAACGGCAACUGGGUUGCGGAUCCGACGGGCAAUGUGGCAGCAGUAUCGACAGGAAGGUACCCCAUCCAACGCAUUAUCGAGAAUCGACGGGAUCGCUUUGUCGUGGUCGAGAUGCGUGGCAUCGUUUUCUGCUCCGUGUACCUACCACCAGUGGGUCCCGAUUCGACUGUAGAGGAUUUCCGGCGUAAAUGGACAGAGAUUGCGUCGGUGAUACCGCGGAACCGGGACACCGUGAUUGGCGGCGACGUCAACGCCUGGUCAAGAGCGUGGGGCAUGGAACGCAGAAGCAACGAUGGAGAGCGGGUGCACAGGGGCGCGGUGGUGAUGGACGCAGCGGCGUCGCUGGGACUGUUCCUGUUGAAUCGGGGCAACCAUCCAACAUGGAGCGAUCACAGUGGUCGCAGCUCCAUCGUCGACGUAUCCUUCUGCAGCCCGUCGCUCAUGGGAGACAACGACUGGCGCGUCUGCGACGAAAAUCCGAGCGACCACAACACCAUCAAGUUCACGGUCGAGCGGACGACGGUACAACAGAACCUGGGACAGAGGGAGCAGCAAACGGCGGAGUGUAGAUGGGCGACCCGAUUCUUCAACAAGGACCUCUUCGUUGAAGUCAUGGGCUCGCUG